AUGUUGAGAUUAAUCAAAUCUGUUAAGCAACAUUUAAGAAAGCGUGGAUUGUGGAUUGCACUGGAUUGCACUGGAUUGCACUGGAUUGUGGAUUGUGGAUUGUGGAUUGUGGAUUGUGGAUUGUGGAUUGUGGGUUGUGGGUUGUGGGUUGUGGAUUGUGGAUUGCACUGGAUUGCACUGGAUUGCACUGGAUUGCACUGGAUUGCACUGGAUUGCACAGGAUUGCACUGGAUUGCACAGGAUUGCACAGGAUUGCACAGGAUUGCACUGGAUUGCACAGGAUUGCACAGGAUUGCACAGGAUUGCACUGGAUUGCACUGGAUUGCACUGGAUUGCACUGGAUUGCACUGGAUUGCACUGGAUUGCACUGGAUUGUGGAUUGUGCACCCCCCAGUCACCCUCACAUGCUCCCGUAACAAGACGGUAAAAGCCCGUUACACCAACGAUAUCAAGGGUCGUCUGGCGGUUUCCCGCCACUGUAAAGAUGCCCCUCAUUUGUUGGAUCUGUUCCCGCACGUCUUUGCUUUGCUGCACUUCCUCGGCAUAACCAUCGUUUUCAUGCUCAUCGAGAUGCUUGUCAAGAUCUUCAAUGCGUGCGAAUCCUUGGCCGCAUUGCGGGCACCUGCGCUGCACAUUGAGCGGGCCUUUGGUGUGCCUCGCGAUAUGAAGCUCAUACUUUUGUCGAGACUGGAAGGACGGGUGGGAGUCAUUGUGGCGUUCAGUAAGGUGUUCAAGACGACCCUCACGGAGCCCAUCGCCAUCAAUCUCAAGAGUGGCAAGACUGAGAAUGCUCUGGCCCUUCCUGGAGGCACGAAGCGACUGUUACGGGAUAUGGAGGUCUCCAUCCAGCCAGUCAAGCGCAGGGCCUCGAAGGGUAACGACUUUCAAGACAGCGAGCUCUGUCCUGCCCUUGCAAUACAUGCGUUCGGUGGUCUUAUGGACGACGACUUAUGCUAUCGCACAUUCCGCAAAGAUGGCAGCGACGUCGCCAAGCAACUUGCCGAGGCCUUGAUCCAAUCAGGAGCAGCUGUCUUGCUUGCUCUUAAGGUAGAGGUGUAUGGCCGUUCUCCGACCGAGGAUCCUCACCAGCAAGACGUGGCUCACCCCAUCUCAGGCUCAUUCAUUGUCCAGUCUCUUCUGCACGACGGUACCACCAAGAUCCUGAUCGGCACCCAAACAUGGAACGCCCUGAAUAUGACGGUCGAGCGGCAGACAAGAUCCAAGUUCGAUGAACCCAUUUCCAUCGAACCAUACGCAGGCGUUUUCAUGAAGUUCCUUGCGCACAAGUUCUUGCCUGUGACGCUGAAGGCCCUGUGGGACUAUUUCAUGGGCUAG